AUGGAGAGGAGUGAUUCUUUUUCUUCAAUCCUUGUGGUUCUGUUCAGUGGUUUCUACAGUUUUGUUUUUAUUUUAUCAACAGUUGGAAACAUCUGGGUCCUGGUAACCUGCUACAAGACUUUGAAACAAAGACACUCCCCUUUUAUGUGGCUAUUGGCAAAUCUAGCUUCUGCCGAUCUCUGCUUCACAAUCUUGACCAUAUUCAACAGUAUCGCAUUUCUGUGGCAAUGGGUCGGUGGUAACAUCACUUGCAAACUACAAGGAUUCUUAAUUGAAGCAAGUUACACAAGUACAAUCAUCACGCUUUUGACUAUAAGCUACGAAAGACUGAAGGUUACUUCGAAUCCAAUCAACGCUCUAGUAAAAAGAUGGCCAGAGAAACAGUACUUUAAACUUAUCAUAAUUUGGAGUUGCAGCCUACUCAUUUGUUUGCCUUUGUUGUUCAUUUACCGGGUGGAAACGCAACAAAAUAGUGUUAUGUGCCUUGCUAGAAAGAGGACGAAUUUUUUCCCACAAAUCUUCUACAGUGUACAUACAACAAUUUUCUUUGUAGCUCCGCUGGUUUAUAUGAUUUACACACAAAGCUGCAUUUUUCGAACCCUACGAGUAGCGUCCAUUCCAACCACGGCCUUCAUUACGCACUCAAAGCAAAGGCAGCGGAAGAUUGCAAAGACACUUUCCGCGCUAACGAUGGCGUUUGUAAUCUGCUGGUCUCCGUUUAUGGUUAUUCGAACACUUAUAUACUUUAGCUUAGCGUCGCCUGACUUUGCAUGGAAAAUGUCUCAGCUUUUAAUUUUCCUCAAUUCUGGAUUAGAUCCUUUACUUUACGGCUAUUAUGGAGGACAUCUGACGUCUUGCUUGCGGCCGAGACUUACAUGCUCGUGUCAGUAG